CCUCAGGAGCUUCUCGACAGGACAUCUGCAUUUCCCAGCGUGCUGCUGGUUACAUAACAAGCUGCAGUGCAAGCUCACUGCUUUUUUUUCCUCUUCUCUGACCUUUGGUAAAUGAGUAAGAGGUGAAAAUAUGGAAUCUCUUUCUUGGCAAGUUAUCCUGAAGGGAAAUAAAUCUAAGUCAAAGAACCAAGGUUUUAGUAAAUUAACCAUUAACUCCGUCUCUCUAUUCUAAGCACGUUAGGCAUUCGACCACAUGCUGUAUUCUGACUUUGGCUUGGCAGGGACACAACUCAACAUAAUUAUCCUCCAUUGCAUAAGUUUAAUAUACAAGGAACUAAUUGUAUUCAUUUACUUCCUCACGUCCUUGCUUCCAUUAUGUGGUGAACUAAUCAAUUCACUUCAUUUUUUUUUUUUUUGUAAAUAACAUGUCUUUUCUAGUUAUUGGAAACUGGCUGUAAUUCAAUCUAAUUCAAAAAUAUUUACCGAACACUUAUUAUGUACCAGGAGUUGUGUUUGGCACUAUGAAUAUGGAGAUUAGUUCAUUCAAUCAUUCCUUCUGUUAAUGAAUAUUUAUUGAACACUAACUGUGUACUAAACACUGUGCUGAGUGCUAAGGGUACAAUAGAAAAAAAUAAACAUGGCCCUUGAACUCAGGGAGCUUAGAGUCUAGUAGGGAAAAGUGAACUUAAUGAAAUAUACAAAGGUAAAAUUAUACAAAGUGAUGUAUUUUGGGGAAAGUUCCACAGUGCCAUGAAAGUGUAUCGUCGGGAGCCAGACCUAGUCUGGAGGGUGAGGGCAGCCUUCUAGGGAUGCAGAGAGAACAACGGUAGGGCAAGGAGGAGAGCACUCAAGGCCUGGGAGUGGCUGUUGUCACAUGUCUGGCAUUCAGUAGGUGAUGGGAGUGAGCAGGGAGGGGAGGCAGGAGAAGCAGCUGAAGCCCUGCAGCCCUGGGGAAGGAUUUCCUUUUUCCACUGAGAGCAAUGGAGGGGACAUUGGAGGGGAGGAAGCAGAGGACAAGCAAGAUCACUCAGCUCCUCACACAUUUCCCUGAGUGGAAGAGUCAGUCAACUUUGACCAUUUUCAGAUUCUGCGGGCCAUUGGUAAAGGGAGUUUUGGAAAGGUAUGCAUCGUGCAGAAGCGAGACACUAAGAAAAUGUAUGCAAUGAAGUACAUGAACAAGCAGAAGUGCAUCGAGAGGGAUGAGGUUCGGAAUGUCUUCCGGGAGCUGCAGAUCAUGCAAGGGCUGGAGCACCCCUUCCUGGUCAAUCUAUGGUACUCCUUCCAGGACGAGGAGGACAUGUUCAUGGUGGUGGACCUGCUCCUGGGAGGAGACCUGCGCUACCAUCUGCAGCAGAAUGUGCAUUUCACAGAGGGGACUGUGAAACUCUACAUCUGUGAGCUAGCACUGGCUCUGGAGUAUCUUCAGAGGUACCACAUCAUCCACAGAGACAUCAAGCCAGAUAACAUCCUGCUGGAUGAACACGGACAUGUUCACAUUACAGACUUCAACAUAGCGACGGUAGUGAAAGGAGCAGAAAGGGCUUCCUCCAUGGCUGGCACCAAGCCCUACAUGGCCCCAGAAGUAUUCCAGGUGUACAUGGACGGAGGCCCCGGAUACUCGUACCCUGUCGACUGGUGGUCCCUGGGCGUCACAGCCUAUGAGCUGCUGCGGGGCUGGAGGCCGUACGAAAUCCACUCGGCCACGCCCAUCGAUGAAAUCCUCAACAUGUUCAAGGUGGAACGUGUCCACUACUCCUCCACAUGGUGCAAGGGGAUGGUGGCCCUGCUGAGGAAGCUCCUGACCAAGGACCCUGAGAGCCGCCUGUCCAGCCUUCGUGACAUUCAGAGCGUGCCCUACUUGGCCGACAUGAACUGGGACGCGGUGUUCGAGAAGGCAUUGAUGCCCGGCUUUGUGCCCAAUAAAGGGAGGUUGAAUUGUGAUCCCACAUUUGAGCUUGAAGAGAUGAUUCUAGAAUCCAAGCCACUUCACAAAAAGAAGAAGCGGUUGGCAAAGAACAGAUCCAGGGAUAGCACAAAGGACAGCUGCCCGCUGAAUGGACACCUGCAGCAGUGUUUGGAGACUGUCCGGAAGGAAUUCAUCAUAUUCAACAGAGAGAAGAGUUGCGUCUGGCUGCUUUUAGCAGAAACCCCACUGUAUAGGAGCUUCAACCAAGUCGAUGUUUUCUUUCUCACAUGGAAAUGUGAAUUGAUGAGGAAAAUGCAGUCGGCCUACGGACACCAUUGAGAUGUGUCAUCAGGAAUUGGAAGUGAGAGUGAGGCUGGCAUAGUUUACAGGAGUUGGCAAAAAAGAAAGAGGGGGGGAGAAGUCAUGUGUUCCUGACAAUGGGGAGCCAGGGAGAGCAUGGCCAUGGGGGAAGCUGUCGGCUGGGGUCUGAGCUGCAAUUUCUGCUUCUUCAUCCUGUCUUUGCUCACCUACGUGCUUUCUCCAUGGCCCUGAUGGCUGAUAGGCUUCCUGUCACAGCAGGCAUACAGGCUUACUGCCAUAUAAAGAUAUCCAGGUGAGAGGGCUUGGCCAUGUCCCCCAAGAUGCUAUAUGAGCAUCAGCUGACUCCAUCUCCACCUCGUCUCGUGGGAAGAGAGCCAUGCGCCAUCUACCCACAGCCCUCCGUGCUGCAGUUUCUCAGCAGUAAAAAAUGCCUAGGAGAAGCUGAUUCAUGAUGCAUGAUUGGCCCAAACCAAGCAUUUUUCCUUUAAACAAACAAACAAAAAAAAAGUGAGACCUGUUUAUCCUCCACUUCUGUCUGGAAUCCCAUGUUAGAGGCACUUGCUGUGCUGGCACUUGAGUAGCUGGAAAAUUAAAUCGAGCACCUUCUUCCCCACUUGAGCAGUGUGGUGAGUCGAGGGCUGGUUAGGGGGAGCCAAGCACCAAGCUGGGCUUGUCAUCAUGCUCCGCCUGGCCCACGUCCCUGGUGCCCAGCAGUUCUGCCUCCUUUCAAUCUCUGCAGACCUGGCCAUCAGCCUGACGCUGACUGCUCCUGCAGGAUGUGCAGGCUCCCUGCAUAGUGGAGGCUGCAGAGAUAAAUCACACAUCAUGCAGGAGUGCCACAGUACAGGGGGCAAUCAGAAUUGCCUGGGGGCCUGAUAGCGUCUAGAGAUGCUGCACCCGCCCAUCAGUCUGACACCGACUGCUCUUGCAGAAUGUGCAGGGGGUUGCCGGCUCCUUGCAUGGUGGGGGCUGCAAAGAUAAAUCACACAUCAUACAGGAGGGCCACUGUCCCAGGGGGCAGUCGGAAUUGCCUGAGGGCCUGUUAGCAUCUAGAGAUGCUGCACUUGCUGCAGGUUGCAUGGUGUCCCUCAAAAGACGUAUCGAAGCCCUAAGCCCCACUACUUCAGAAUGUGACCUUAUUUGGAAAUAGGGUGGGUGCAAAUGUAAGGAGAUGAGGUCAGACUGGAGUAGGGUGGGCACCUAAUCCAACAUGACUGGUGUCUGUCCUGACAAGAGAAGAGAUGCAGGCAUGGGGAGAAGGCCAUGGGGAGAUUGCAGUGAUGCAGCUACGAGCCAAUGAGCGCCCAGCAUUGGCAGCGGUCCAGAGCUGGGAGGAAGGACUGGAGCGGAUUCUCCCUCAGAGCCCUCAGAAGGAGCCAGCCCUGCCCACACCUUGAUUUCAGCCUCUAGAACUCUGGGGAAUACAUUUCUGUCGUUUAAAGCCACCCAGUUGCUAGUACUUAGUUAUGGCCACCCUGAGACACUAAUACAGCCAAUACAGCUCCCUAAUCCAUUCCUUCCCAACCAGAAGCUGAGAGAAUAAGCAUGGGGAUCUACAUUUUAAUAUAUCCUGCAAGCCAUUCUGAUGCUUAACAGUUUGGAAUCUUCUGCAGGAGACAAGGGUGUCUAAGUGGUGCAUCCUCUGGGGGUUCUGAGUUGAGUCACAAGGACCCUGUCUAAAACUGCGAACCCUCCCAGCUCUGGCUCCUUUGCCCUCAGGUAUUCAUCUGCAACUCCUACACUGAAUUUAUCUUAAAGAUACAUUCCCGCUAUUCAUGGUUUCAGCAAAAGUCUACUGGCUGCAGGAUGCUCCUAGGGCCUUAACUUCCCUGCACAGCUGACUUCCUCUUGCAUAGGCCAAGUAUGCCUCCUCAGCUAGAGAAAGCUCUCGGGCAGAGGGACAGUUCCUGCAACUCCCACUGUGGUAAAGACACCAUCAUCUGCAUGAAGCAGCAAGUGGGAGCUGAGAGGACAUGGGCAGGGCAUCCACUGUGUCAGCCCUGCAGGACAAAUUCAGUCAGUCAUUUGACAGCUAAGCCAUAAUCCUGGAGUGGGCCUCACACAGAAAUGAGUCUUCAGGACCCGUGUGCUCAGAAUGCCCAUAGCCUGCAGCGGGGAGGAUUACUAAACAGUGCGGUGUGUGUGCCGUGAAGCAGACACACAGGGGCCACCGUGGGGACAGGAGGACGUGCCCUGGGGCUAACCUCUCUGGACCCUUGUUUUUAAACAGAGAACAAAAUUAAAAUUAGCACUGCCAAAUUUUCUGGAAAUGCAGCUUAUUAUUGGCUAAUGGUCUCAGCUGGCAAAAGGCCACUGAGCCAGGUGGAGCGUCUGCUUCCAGGGCUGGUCAGGGCUUUGAAGGCCUUGGCAGCUGAGACUUCCAGUGGGUUGAAAAAUGCACCGGGGGGCCCGUCCUUCUAUUCUUGGCCAAAGAUCUGAGCAGGGCUGAUUUUUCCAAGAGGUCUUUUCAAUAGCAUUUGACAACAUUUUACAGAAUAAGAAGCUCCUGGUGAGGAAGGAAUUUAAGGGGCAUUUUCUAUCUUUGCUAUCUCUUGAAGAAACAAAAACAGAUUUAAAAUCAUAUAAAACUACCCUUGGAGUCCUUGAAAAUAUCACAUUUAAAAACUCUAAUAUUGCAUUUGUUACACCAAAGAAUACUAUUAAUACCAAUAACAAUCAUCAUUUGUAUGUGACUUUAUGGUUUUCGAUCAUGUUCCUUUAAUCUAGAGUUUCUUAACCUUGGCAUUGACUGUUGACAUCAGUUCUUGGUUGUGAGGGCCGUCCUGUGCAUUGCAGGAUAUCUGUAGAAUCACUGCCCUCUAUCCACUAGAUACUAGUAACACCUUCACAGAGUGACAACCAAAAAUGUCUCCAGGUAUUGCCAAAUGUUCUCUGGCAGGCACAGUCACCCCCAGUUGAGAGUCAGUGCUUUAGUCCUUACUUAUCACAUUUCCCUAAAAGAAAUAUCAUUGGUAUUCUCGAGGUCUUGCAAUAUGAAGAACCUGAACUCUAAUCUCCCAUCUCCUAGUUCCCAGGCUCUUUCUGCUAGCUGUGCUUUCAUCCAGUGGUUUGGCAGAUACUUACUGAGCAUCUCCCUGGGGUCAGGUACAGGGGAUACUGCUGGGAGCAAGGCCCCUGCUCUCAGGGAGCUCACACCCGGUGGCAUGAGCUUUCAGAUGUGCAGGAAGGAUUGCUUUGCACAAGUCGGUGGCCUUGAGGGUUCUCUCCAGUGCACCCAGUGGGCAGUGGCAGGUGUGGCAGAGAUGGUCAUGAGAGCUCCCUUUUAUUGGGUGUUCACUCUAUACCAUUUAGUCUGUAUAUCCAUCCUCUGAGCUGGUUAUGUUUAUUUCCCCACAUUUCACAGGUUAGGAAGUACAGGCCCAGACUGGAUUGAGGGCACACAGCCAACAGGUGGCAGAGCCGGGGUUCCAUAGAGACAGUCUGGCUCCAGAGCCCUAGGCUGAAUCAAAAUAGCCCCUGGCCAUGUAUAUGAAAUGUUGGGCAAGGAAUUGCCAUUCUCUCUGUAGACACCAUCUGUUGGCAAACCCAGAUGUUUCAGGUGCAAGAUUAUACAAAUUAACAUGACCUCAAUGCAUCCUCCUUACCCCUCCUCAGACCACACAACGACAGCAAACCCAGUCCCAGCUGGCUGUGGAUGGAGGGUGCCCUGACUAAGGCCACAGCAGGGUAAACAGUCAGAAGAUAUUUAAAGGCCGGGCGCGGUGGCUCACGCCUAUAAUCCCAGUACUUGGGGAGGCUGAGGCGGGAAGAUCAC